AAGCAUACAGGAAUUUGGUUUCAGGUGCGAUAGGUGUGUUACUGCGGAAACAUUCAACUUCACGGUUUGUUUUGACAAAGUGACGAUUACUAAGGUUCUGUUUCUACAAUCUUGUUGACUAUACACGGGCCUUGCAGGACUUGAAGCGAAAAACAUCUGGCGGUCUGCAAAGUACAUAAGUCUUCAAGAGCCUUAUGAACGAUGAUACCACAUCGAGAGUUGUUUUCCCGGAUGGCUCCAUUACAAAAGUAGUUUAUCACAACUUUCUCACCUACGAUGAUGUGGUAUGCACCCCUGGUCCUUAUCUCAACGUCAUAAUCGGCACGAAUGGAGCCGGGAAAAGUACGGUCAUCUGUGGCAUCUGCCUAGCUGUUGGCGGAAGUCCAAAAGUCCUUGGUAGAUCUGAAAGAAUGGGCGAUUAUAUCAAACACCGUCGAGAAGAGGGCUAUGUUGAAGUUUUCAUUGCUGAUGCUCGAAAAGGUGUGCAACGAGUAAAAGUGCUCCUGCAACGGCCUAGCAGCUGUACAUACUUCAUAAACGGUUCUCGCACAACUCAACGUGCCGUUCGUGACUUUGUUGCUUCAUACAACAUUCAGAUAGACAAUCCUUGUACAUUUCUCGCUCAAGAUAAGGUCAAGAGCUUUUCUGAACAGUCUCCUGUAGAACUACUUAUGAAUACUGAACGGGCUGGUAAUCCCGCUUCAUUGGAGAGGCAUGAGAAGUUAAUUGAGAAAAAGAAGCAUGAGAGCGUUCAUAUUGAAAACGCUCGCGAGGUACAACAGCGCUUACAAGCAAUCGAGGGAGAGAUUGACGCGCUCAUGCCUCGUGUGCACAAUUACAAAAAGAAAGAGUUCAUGCGCACUAAGAUCAAAGUUUUGCAGAAGAAGAAAGCAAUUCUGGAUUACAAAGAUUGUCAACAACGUUUUGCUAUUGAAGAAGCAGCUGUUGAUGAGUUACAAAAGAAAGUCAAAGAGGAGGAGAAGGAGGUACAACAUCUGAAGGAGAAAGCUGAGAUGGAUGCGUCUCUGGAACACGAGUAUAACAGGAAGCACGCAGAACUGCUGCGUCGCAUACGAGCUACAACGGAGGAGCUGCAUUCUGUUACGAACACAAACUUAUAUGGUGAUAAGGUACGUGAUGCACUGGACCGCUUCGAUCGUUUGAAAGCCCAGAAUGCUAAUUGGGAGAAGGAAGUGGAGCAGAUGAGGAAACAAGUAGAACGAAUAAAAGAAAACAUAGUGGAGGCUAAAGAAAAUCUGAAUGGUUACGAAGAGUUCCGGAAAGAAGCUGUGAAUGAGACCAAAAAAUAUGCAGAUGAAGAUGAAGUCAUUUGUAAACACGAAGACGAACUUGUCAGUGAAGAAAGAAAAAUAUCCGACGAGAGAAAUAGACUGCGCGAACGCGAAAGGCUGAUAGAGCAAGCAAUGGAAGGAAGACUGCGUGUUUUGGAGAACUUGCGCAGUAACUUGGCUGAUGAAGCAUGGCGCUGGUACGAGGAAAAUCGCGACAAAUUUUCUCAUCCUGUAUAUGUGCCUAUUCUCCAUAUGACCGUACGCAACGCUGAAUCGGCCAUGUUGCUUGAGAACUUGAUAGCGAACAGAGACCUACCCAUGUUCAUAUUUGGUAGCAAAUCUGAUGAAGCUAUACUGACCGAUCCGAGACACAAGUGGAAGCUCAACUCCACUGUGAUCCCUCCCGAACAGGUUAAUGCGGCUCUAUUCAAAACAGCGUUGAGCGAGGACAUGAAGAGGUUCGGCUUCACGCGUUUCGCUGCAGACCUAUUCACGGCUCCGGAUGUUGUAAAACAGUAUCUCUGUAGUGUCUCUCGGCUUCAUCAAGUUCCUAUCGGCUCUGCGAAAACUAACGAUGCAUAUGAGGACAUCAAAACAGCCUUUAGUAACACAGCUUUCCGACUAUAUCUCACAGACAAGUACAGGGUGCAAUUUACCGUAUCCAAAUAUUCCCAUGAAGUCCUCGGUCAGCAAAGUGAACUCAGGAAGCCCGCAAGAAUUUUGGUGUCUCAUUCUUCUAAUUUUGAUGAAAGCAAAACUCUCGAGAGAGAAAGGGAGGAACUCAAGAAAAAGGAGAAGAAUUUAUACAGUCGUAAAACGGAAGUGAAGGAAGAACGAACGGCUUUAUUGAAAAAGAGGGAAGCACUCAAAGCCAAACAGAUGGAGUGGAGAAACCGUCGUGAAAAUCUUAUAAAUCUCGAGCGUUCACUAAACAGCCGAGAGAGCAAAUUGGAUUCUCUAAGUGCAAGUCGUCCGGAUAUGGAGCAAGCGCAUGCUGCUUUGAAGGAAGCCAAAGUGCUUGCCAGCAAGGAAGCUCACAAAAUGGUCACCAAAAUGCUCUCUGAAAUGCAGCAACUGCGAGCUUGUACGGUCGAAGAAUCCUUACUGAGAACUGGUUUUCAUCGUUUGCGUGAAGCACUGGGUAAGAAUGAUGCAAAACUUCAUGAGGCUCAGCAAAAGUUGCAGGAUAAUUUGGCUUUGCUCGAAGGUCGUGUUUCCCGUUUUCGGGAAGUUACGCGAGAAAUGGCAAACGCCCAGGAUUCACUCCAAGAACAAUGCGGUUUGACAACUCUUGAUCCUGAAAAGAUGACACGUGAAGAGAAAGCCAUUCCGGAACAACUCGAGCAGCUUUUUAUUGCUGAAAAAGUUCCUGAUGAGAUAGAUGCUGUACUUCGACUUCUUGAAGAAGAAAAAGUGAAGCUGAAUAUAGCUAGUGUGGACGGAAGCAAAGAUGAUGUGGAUCGUGUUGAGAGGCUUACCGUUGAGAAGGCUGGUUUGCUGGAAAGGAAACAGAGGCAAGAGGUUACGAGGGAGGCGUGGAAAGCUACUUUGUUAAAGGAAAUUGAAGAGUGGAAGCAGCCGGUGGAAGAACUCAUUCGAAACAUCAACGUGAACUACUCCAAGUUUUUCAAUUUCUUGGGUUGUGCGGGAGAAGUAUAUUUGGAUGUUCCGGAGGAUCCAUCGAAUAUCUCCGAGUAUGGCAUAAUGAUUAUGGUCAGCUUCCGCGCCGGAGAACGUCUGCGUCGUUUGGAUCACCAGGUCCAAUCUGGUGGUGAGCGAAGCGUGUCUACUAUGUUGUAUCUUUUAGCUCUACAGGAAUUGUGUCCGGUGCCAUUUCGAUGCGUUGAUGAGAUCAAUCAAGGAAUGGAUCCUGUCAACGAACGCAAAGUGUUCGACAUUAUGGUGGAAACAUUGAGUGGAGAAGGGAAUCUAGCCAAGACUCAGUAUUUCCUGCUCACGCCGAAACUGUUACAUGGUUUGAAGUUCAACAGAAAAGUAACAGUGCAAAUUGUCCACAACGGAGCAACACUGAGUGAAAAUUGUCGUAACUGGGAUCCAAAGAACUUCUUGUCUAUCAUGCAGUCACGUGCAAGUACAUGCUAGUCGAGAUCUCAUAUGUUAGCUUUGACCUGUUCUUGAGUAUCUACUCUCAUCUUUAGAAUCUCUUUCGCUUCACUUUGGCAAUGAAGAUUUAUUAAUGAAAGCUCUUCUAUAAAUGCAUUCUUCCUGGCUGUGGUGAAUCAUAUAUACAUAUCAAACUAUCAACAUAAAUGC